UCUAGAAAGUUUUAUUUAAAACACAAUUAGGAUUUACAUUUGGAAAAUUCUUUAUAACAGGUCCAGUACCCUAAUAGAUGCAAGGGAACCUCACCUCCACAUAACCAAGUUCAGCUAGUAACAAGGGCAGGAAUGUAUUACCCUUCAUGUUCCCAUUUGUUUUUUUCCUCCUAGUCCAUUUUGACUCCUCCCUCUCCUUUGUUGCUUCUCUUAAUAUAUGUAUCUCACACAUUCCCACAGGUCCCUAAAAAGGAUCUCCUGGCAGGUUUUUUCACAUCCGUAAAUGCUCUUUCUCACAUGUGGAAGGGAUACCUGCCAGUUCAGGUACUCCGGGAGCCCAACCUCCUCACUGUAGGUGGAAGCCCAGCCCCGACAAGGGGCGACGCCCAGGGACUGACUCCACCCCUCAAAAAGCACCAGCUGCAGGGAUUGGACCCUCCCUCCGAGUGAGCGGAGCCCUGCAGUGCAGGUUAUAAAACUCGCAACACGCAGAGCAUCGUUCCCUACAAUUUAACAUCAAAGGAGGACGAGGCACAAUGUCUGGUGAAGGGACGAGCAGAGAUGCGGCUCCGCCUAAGGCUAAGGCCAAGACUCGCACGGCCCGGGCUGGGCUCGUGUUCUCGGUAGGGCGCUGUGAACGGCAACUGAGGGAAGGGAACUAUGCGAAGUGACUGGGAUCCCCAGCAACUGUGUAUAUGGCAGCUGUGCUCGAGUACCUGACUGCUGAGAUCCUGGAGCUCGCGGGCAAUGCAGCACGACACUACAAGAAGCACCGCAUCACACCUCGUCACAUUCAACUAGCCGUCCGCCACGACGAAGAGCUCAAUAAACUAUUGAGCGGCGUUAUCAUCCGAGAGGGGGGAGUCGUGUCCAGCGUGCACCCGGCACUGCUGCCGAGGAAGACCAGCAAGAAACGCAGCAAGUCACAGGAGGACUAGUCGGCUGGCCAUUCCAGCAUCCUUCUGCACACUUCUAUCACACUAAUCACACGUCAAUCACACGUUUUAUCAUCCUUGCACCAUCACAAAAAAGGUCCUUUUAAGGGCCGCCCUAUUGUUCAAUGAAAGAGCUGAAAUCCGCAGAGGAGGCAGGGGGAGGGAGAGAGCAGAGGCUUGGCUGGCCGUGGCUGCGGGGGGGCUGGCAGGGACCGGCGGCAGCCUCGC